GUUUCGAGUGGUCAAAAAUGGCCAAAGAUCAGUAUUACCGAAGGGCAAGUUUCAACAGUUACCAGAGCAACACAAGUGAUGAGGACAUGGUGGAGAUCGCAGGAGCGAACAUGGACUUCUCACUGACAGAUGAUGUUCCCCCACUGGACAGGGAGCUACAAGACGGUUACACCACCCACAACGGAGCUGGGAUGAACUGUGGAACUAAGCUAAUGGAUUUCCUGGAUGAGCCUAUCCCCGGUGUGGGGACGUAUGAAGAUUUUAAUACGAUAGACUGGGUCAGGGAGAAAUCCCGGGACAGAGACCGGCAUCGGGAGAUUACGAGCAAAAGUAAAGAAUCCUUGUGGGCUCUCAUCAAGAGUUUGAGCGACGCCUUCUCUGGGUGGCUGGUGAUGCUACUGGUUGGGCUGAUGGCAGGAGCCAUUGCCGGCCUGAUUGAUAUGGUGGCUCACUGGAUGACUGACCUGAAGGAGGGAGUCUGUUUAGUGGGCUUUUGGUUUAACCACGAGCAUUGCUGCUGGACCUCCGAUGAGAUGACCUUUGAGCAGCGAGAUAACUGUCCGCAGUGGAAAUCCUGGUCAGAGCUGUUCAUCGAUCAAUCUGAAGGGGCUGGUGCGUACAUCCUGAAUUAUUUCAUGUACGUGGGUUGGGCGCUGACGUUCGCUUUCCUGGCUGUGUCUCUAGUGCGAGUGUUUGCACCCUACGCAUGUGGCUCUGGCAUUCCAGAGAUUAAAACCAUAUUAAGCGGCUUCAUCAUCCGGGGCUACCUGGGGAAGUGGACGCUCAUUAUAAAGACGGUGACCCUGGUGUUGGCCGUGUCCUCGGGGCUGAGCCUGGGAAAGGAAGGACCAUUGGUACACGUGGCCUGCUGCUGUGGCAAUAUAGUGUGUCACCUGUUUACAAAGUACAGGAGGAAUGAAGCCAAGAGGAGGGAAGUGCUCUCAGCCGCUGCAGCAGCAGGAGUCUCUGUGGCCUUCGGGGCCCCCAUUGGAGGCGUUUUAUUUAGUCUUGAAGAGGUCAGUUAUUACUUCCCUCUGAAGACCUUGUGGAGGUCGUUUUUCGCUGCUCUGGUGGCUGCCUUCACUCUCCGCUCCAUCAACCCGUUCGGGAACAGCCGGCUGGUGCUGUUCUACGUGGAGUUCCACAGCCCCUGGCACCUGCUGGAGUUAGUCCCCUUCAUCCUGCUGGGAAUCUUUGGGGGCCUGUGGGGAGCGUUCUUCAUCCGGGCCAACAUCGCCUGGUGCCGGAAGCGUAAGACCACGCGUCUGGGCAAGUACCCGGUGCUGGAGGUGCUGACGGUGACGGCUCUGACUGCCAUCGUGGCCUUCCCCAAUGACUACACCAAGAUGAGCACCAGUGGCCUGAUAUCUGAGCUGUUUAACGACUGUGGUCUCCUGGACUCCUCGCAGCUCUGCGACUACGUCAACGACGUGAACAGCACCAAAGCAGUGGAUGACUUGCCGGACCGCGCGGCGGGUAAAGGGGUCUAUGCGGCAAUCUGGCAGCUGGCGUUAGCUUUGGUCUUUAAAAUUGUCAUCACAAUAUUCACUUUUGGCAUGAAGGUCCCAUCGGGGCUGUUUAUCCCGAGCAUGGCUGUGGGAGCGAUCGCUGGGAGGCUGCUGGGAAUAGGGAUGGAACAACUGGCUUACUAUCACCAUGACUGGCUCAUCUUCAAAGGCUGGUGUGGUCCUGGGGCCGACUGUAUCACACCUGGGCUGUACGCCAUGGUGGGGGCUGCUGCCUGUCUGGGUGGUGUGACGAGGAUGACGGUGUCGCUGGUGGUCAUUAUGUUUGAGCUGACGGGCGGCCUGGAGUAUAUCGUGCCGCUAAUGGCUGCCGUCAUGACCAGUAAAUGGGUGUCUGACGCCAUCGGGCGAGAGGGCAUCUAUGAGGCUCACAUCCGGCUGAAUGGCUACCCCUUCCUGGAGGCCAAGGAGGAGUUCACACACAGGACGUUAGCCAUGGAUGUGAUGAGGCCACGGCGCUGUGACCCUCCGCUCACCUGCUUCACACAGGACGGGAUGAAGGUGGAGGACGUGGAGACCAUCAUCAGUGAGACCACGUACAGCGGCUUCCCCGUGGUCGUGUCCAAGGAAUCUCAGCGACUCGUAGGCUUUGUGCUCCGCAGGGACCUCAUCAUCUCAAUCGAGAGCGGGAGGAAGCGACAAGACGGGAUUGUGAGCACCUCAUUGAUUUACUUCACGGAGCACUGCCCUGUGCAGCCUCCCAACAGCCCGGCCCCACUCAAACUCCGUUCCGUCCUCGACCUGUGCCCCUUCACAGUAACCGACCACACGCCCAUGGAGAUCGUGGUCGACAUCUUCCGCAAACUAGGCUUAAGGCAGUGUCUUGUCACUCACAAUGGGCGUCUCCUUGGCAUCGUCACCAAGAAAGACAUACUGAAGCACAUCGCUCAGAUGGCUAAUCAGGACCCAGACUCUAUCAUGUUUAACUAACCAUAAACGCUGAUCAGGCGAACACAGAUGCCAAACCGGGACCUGUUUCUUCGGAUUAAACACUCCAGUCGGGGAAAGGCAUCACGGCAUUUUACGCUCUCCCUGAAGAGGCUGAUGCCAGGGCCUGGGUCAGUGUGUCCCGUUGCACUGGGCAAUCCACAGCGAUGGUUUGGGCAGGUCACGGGCUCGCUCUGUGCAGCUCCACGCGGUGGUUAAAUGAAGGACUGGACUAAAUCGUUUUGUUUUUAAAAUCAAUUGUUUACGAAUAAUUUAUCAGGUACAGAGUUGGGGGGGUACAGUUUUAGGGUAUAAGUGGCAAACCACAAGAUCCCUGCUAAACGUUUGAAGAGCUUUGGCACGGUCUGAUGUUGUACGCAUGGUUUUGGCCUGUGUUUUACUUCCACCCCAACAACGAUAAAUGUAAGCAAUGUUCCUCA